AUGUUUUGUGACGGCAUUAAGCGGGUUGCUAUUGAUUGCGAUUUACCUGCAGCUAGCUGCAGCUGCAUCACAGCGUGCUACCCACAGGCCACCGAAGACAAAAGCAAAACCAGACCUGUCGUGUUGCAGGACGCGCUGCAGAAGUUCGAAGCCUGUCAAACAGGCUGCGCUGAUGCUGCUGCAGUGAGCUCGAAGCUCAGAAGCGGAUCUAAGCAAGUAUAUAGCAAGCAUCAAUCCUGCUGGUACCAACAGGUAGAGAGAAGCGUUGAUGAGCUGUGUCCACAGCCCUGCUCUGGGCAUUCCUGGCAAGAAGGUGUUGCCAUUAAAGCGGCCGGCGAUGCGGCGCGAUGGGACCUGGCUGUUGCACUUUUAGAUUUGGAUUGCCACCAUGGGCGAGCAGCCCUGGCUCACUUCGGUGCCGCGAUCUCUGUGUGUGCUGCAGCACGGCAGUGGCACCAUGCACUGGCGAUCCUGCAGCACAUGCCAAAACGACACCUUGACCCGGACGCAGCCUGCUUCGGAGUGGUGGCGGGUGCCUGUGAAAGAGCUGGGCACCACGUACUCUCCAGCGGCUUGUUGGCCGAAAUGUGCCGAGCGCCGGGCCAGAAACGCAAAACUCUGACAAUCGGUUUCACGAAUGCCAUGAGUGAAGCUUGCCGCGGAUCACAUUGGGACAGGGCUCUGGAGCAUUUCAGCAAAGCCGUCGACAUGAGGCUGGUGUUGGACAUCCCUGCCUACAGUGCCGCACUUGCCGCCUGCCAGAAAGGUGCAGCCUGGCGGGAAAGCAUGGAGAUCCUUGCCAGUCUGGACAAGGAAGUUGAGGCGUCACCAUCCAACGCUGCCAGCUUGCUAGUUGCUUGUUCAGCUGCACUUGGUGCCUGUGCACAUGGUGGCCAUUGGGAGCACGCUUUGAAGCACCUGGGCUUGGCCCAGCGGCUUGCAAGCCAGAGCCAGGAGGCCAGCCAGCCAUUUCUUGUUGCUAUGCAUGGCGCGGUGGGCGUCUUUGCUGAAGCUCUUCAUUGGGAGCUGGCCCUUGACCUGCUGCCACGGAUGCAGAAGGAGGCCUCCAGGCACACCAGCGUCCCACUGACAACCUUCCGCGCCACGAACGCUGCGCUGGCAGCUUGCACCCGAAGCCUGGCAUGGCGCAAGGCGUGCCAGCUGGUCUUCCCAGUCCCCGACGGCUUGGAUCCUCCGGACUUGGCAUCCUCCUGCGCCUCCAGAAGCAUCGGCCUUUUCUUGGCAUCGGCCGCCUUUGAAAAAAGCCAAGUCAUGCACAGGUCACUGCGCUGGAUGGGCAGAGCAUCUAAGUCGUGGCAAAGCGCAAAGUUGGCCGGUUCUGGGAUGCCUUCCUUGGCCGCGGAUUUGGCUCCGGUGGCCGCCGCACUGCUAAAUACAGCUUCCUUCUGCAAGGACAGCUUCACCCGGUUAUUUGGCAGAAGCACAUUUCAGCCGCUGCUGCAAUGCCUCAGCAUGACACAGCGUGGGGCGCGCUGGAGCACGCGUUGGGGCCCACAAGGACGACUCUGCGAACUUGGACUGGAUGGGCUGACAGACGUGGGAAUUCUUUAUGGCCGUCUGGCCAUUGCUUCUCUGGGUGGAGCUCCGCGGCAAAGUUUCUCUAUGGUCAAAAACAAGCGCUGA